AUGCUGCAGCCUGCCGGCGAUUUUGACACGCUGAAAACCCGCUUCCAGUGGUCGCUGCCUGAUACAUACAAUGUGGCGGGUGUGGUCAGCGAUGCGUGGGCUGCCAGCGAUCCUCAGCGGCUUGCAAUCCGGCAUAUCCAUACAAACGGAACCGCCGAAGAUUGGACACAUCAGGCGCUGAACCGGGUCGCCAAUCGGCUUGCAAAUGCGUUCAGGUCUCUCGGAAUUCGUCCUGGUGACCGCGUUGCGCUGCUUUUGCCGCAAUGUCCGCCGACUGCUAUUGCGCAUUUGGCUGCCUUCAAACUCGGCGCAAUCGCGGUGCCUCUCUCGGCCCUCUUCGGGCAGGAUGCACUGCGGUACAGAUUAUCCGAUUCAGGCGCCAGGGUCCUUGUCACCGAUGCCGCGGGUUUGGAAAAGCUCGACGAAAUACGCGACGACCUGCCCGAUCUGGAAUUUGUUGUGUCGGUGGAUGAAGCCGGUUCGAAGGAUCUGUCGUUCAACGCUCUUGCCGAGAAGGCAAGUGAUCGAUUUGAAACACUUGCAACGACCCCGGAUGACCCCGCCCUGAUGAUUUAUACGUCCGGCACGACCGGCCAGCCCAAAGGCGUGCUGCACGGGCACCGGGUGCUGAUUGGCCAUAUGCCGGGCAUUGAACUUUCCCAGAAUUUUCUGGGCAGAUCCGGUGAUCUCCUCUGGACUCCUGCCGACUGGGCCUGGGCGGGCGGUCUGUUGAACGCGCUGUUUCCGGCAUUGAAACUGGGCGUUCCGGUGGUCUCUUUUGCUUCGCGGAAAUUCGACCCGGAGUUUGCAUUUCACUUGCUGGAAAGCCAGGGGAUAAGGAACGCGUUCAUACCGCCGACAGCCCUGAAAAUGCUCCGUGCCGUUGAUAAUCCGGCGAAACGAUUCACGUUGAGCUGGCGCAGCGUCGGGUCGGCCGGCGAGUCCCUCGGCAGGGAAACCUACGAUUGGUUCGCGGAAGAAUUCGGCUUCCAUGUCAACGAGUUCUACGGACAGACAGAAUGUAACGCCGUCCUGGGAUCCGCAGCAUCACUUGGUGUUACCAGAGCCGGCGCGAUCGGAAAGGCAACGCCUGGACAUGACGUCGCGAUCAUCGAUGACGGUGGGAACGUGCUGCCGGCGGAAGCAUUGGGCCAGAUUGCCAUACGAAGACCUGACCCGGUCAUGUUUCUGGAAUACUGGAACAAGCCGGAGGCGACGCAGGAAAAGUUCAUCGGAGACUGGAUGAUCACCGGCGACCAGGGCCUGAUGGAUGAGGAUGGCUAUGUUCAUUUCGUCGGCCGUGACGAUGACAUCAUAACGUCUGCAAGUUACCGGAUUGGUCCUGGCGAAAUAGAAGACUGCCUGAUCAAGCAUCCGGCUGUCGCGCUGGCCGCCGUCGUCGGCAAACCCGAUCCGCUGCGCACCGAGAUCGUCAAGGCCUACGUUGUCCUGCGGCCUGACAAUGCCGAGAGCGUUGGGCUUGAGGACAAUAUCAGGGGCUUUGUCCGUGACCGCUUGUCAGCACAUGAAUAUCCCCGUGAAAUUGAAUUUGUCGAAGACCUUCCCAUGACCACCACUGGCAAGGUGAUCCGCAGAAAACUGCGCGAACUGGCACGCUCCGAAACAGUCUGA